UUCAACCGGAAGUGAUAUCCACAUGUUCAUUUCUAGAUCGAACAAACGAAAGACAUCGAUCCAACUCACAAAAUAGGAUGAAACGGCGCACAUUAAUGCGGCCGCCUCAGGUAUCGACGGUUGAAGCUGAUAACGAUGACAACAAAACACCAAAGAAGGUGAUAUAAAUGACAGAAACUGGAUUGAUAUUAUGACUGGUGUACAGGCUAAGAAAGGAAAGCAUCUUGAAGAGAAAAGUAGAAGAUGUCGAAUUUUGAUCAAAGUUCUCCAAGUUGUAUUUCUCAUUGUUAUUGUCCCUCCAUUGUUAAACUACGCGUCUCUUCAGAAAGAAAUCAAAGAACUGAAGCCAGUACCAGGUGAGCUUUACGAUGUUGGUUGGGGGCAGAAGAUUUUUAAAAUGUGUCAAGGGAAAGGCCCACCAACAGUGAUAUUUGAUGCCCCAGGAGGUCAGACUUCAGAUGUUUGGACAUUGAUCUGGCCGCAUGUGGCUAAGAAUGCUCGGAUCUGUGUGUAUGAUCGGGCAGGUCUGGGUUUCAGUGAAAGACCAAUAAUGGUAGGUGUUCAUGUGAUUUGUUACCUGUAAUUAACAAUUGACCAAAUAUGGAAUGUUAC